AUGGCGCUGCAAAACAUUGGUGCUUCAAACAAGGAUGAUGCCUUCUACAGGUACAAGAUGCCCAGAAUGUUGACCAAAAUUGAAGGCCGUGGUAAUGGCAUCAAGACCAAUAUUGUGAACAUGGUUGAUAUAGCAAAAGCACUUGCCAGGCCUGCUUCCUACACAACCAAGUACUUUGGAUGUGAGCUUGGGGCACAAUCAAAGUUUGAUGAGAAGACGGGAAUCUCCUUGGUCAAUGGAGCCCAUGACACUUCGAAGCUGGCUGGUCUGCUUGAGAACUUCAUCAAGAAGUAUGUCCAGUGUUAUGGCUGUGGCAACCCUGAGACGGAGGUCCUCAUCUCCAAGAAAGAGAUGAUAACUUUGAAAUGUGCUGCCUGUGGCUUCCUCUCGGAUGUUGACAUGAGGGACAAGCUCACUACAUUCAUCCUGAAGAACCCACCAGAGGCAAAGAAAGGUGGCAAGGACAAGAAAGCUAUGCGGAGGGCUGAGAAGGAGCGUCUGAAAGAAGGUGAAGCUGCUGAUGAGGAGAUGAAGAAACUCAAGAAGGAUGGGAAGAAGAAAGGUGCUUCAUCCAAGGAGAGUACUGCAAAAGGUGUUGCCACAAAGAAGAAGGGUGCUGGGGGCUCUGAUGAGGAACAUGUCUCAUCACCAAGAGAUGCUGACUUUGCAGCUGCUGCAGACGGUGAUGAUGACGACGACGAUGAUGUACAGUGGGCGACUGACACGUCAGCAGAGGCUGCGAGAAAGCGCAUGGAGGAACAGCUGAGUGCAGCAACUGCUGAAAUGGUUAUGCUUGCCACUGAAGAGACUGAGAAGAAGAAGAAACAGGCCCAGCACAAGGAUGAUGGCGGUGCCAAUGGCACAGCAAAGGCUGAAGAGACCUCCAACGGUAACCAGAAUGGGGCCAAAACCACCACUCCCUAUGAUGCACUGGUUGAAGAGAUCAAGGCCAGCCUAGCCAAUGCUGCCACCGCAGCUCAGCUCAAGGGGUUGCUGUCCUCCUCGCCCCUGCCCCUGAAGGAUGUGAUGGAUGCCCUCUUCGAGGCGCUCUUCCAUGGUGCUGCCAAGGGGUUUGCGAAGGAUGUGGUGAAGAACAGGAAGUACCUUGCUGCUGCUGUGCCUGAUGAAGCCGCCCAGAUGCUCCUGCUCCAGUCUAUCGAGGCGUUCUGUGGCAAGUGCAGCGCCGAGGCCCUGAAGGAGCUGCCUGUCGUCCUGAAGGCCCUCUACGACGGAGACGUCCUCGAGGAAGAGACUAUUGUGCAGUGGUACAAUGAGGCUGUUGCUGCCGGCAAGGACUCCCAGGUCGUGAAGAAUGCCAAGCCCGUCGUGGAGUGGCUCCAGAGCGCUGAGUCUGACGAGGAGUGA